AGAAACACCCUAAUUCAUAUCUCUCUCUCUCUCUUCACUCUUCUAAAUUUUCUUCUCUCUCUAAGAAAACAAAAUAAAAAAGAAUAAGAAUAAGAAAGAGAGAUAAGAAAAAGAAAAGCAAGAUUGGUUCAUCUUCUUCUUCCUCUUCUCAACAUUUUUAUAUUCUGGUAAUUGUUCAUACAAGAACACCUUUUUUUUUUUUCAAGAAGGAACAAACAAACAAACAACAAGAGAAAUUUUCAUUUUCAUAUUUUUUUUCCUAAAAAAAAACAUUUUCUUUCCCCAGGAGAUUGUUUUUCUUAAUUGAAGAUGAGAGAUUUGGUGUCAUGUUUCAGCGAAAACUCAAUAAACGUGACACAUCCAUUAUCAUUAUCAACAUCAUCAUGUUCAAACUACAACACAAGUAACGCUUGUAUCUCUCCAUCUCUCAUACCAUCCAUACAAACCUCCAUCACAAGCAUCUACAGAAUCACUCUACAAUCCAAGCAUCUCAUCAUCAAAGUCACAUGGUGCAACAAGAUCAACCCCUCACAGUUCAACAACGGUCUCAGCAUCUCCGUUUCCUCCGCAGAUCAAAACCCUUCCAUGUCUCUCAAACUCAACACUUCUUCUCGCUUCUUCCGCAAGAAAAAAGGCAACAAAUCCGUCGACUCCGAUCUCGGUAAAAUCGAGGUUUUCUGGGAUCUUUCUUCAGCCAAGUACGACUCCAUCAUGUGUGGCCCUGAACCGAUCCAAGGCUUCUACGUUAUCGUCCUCGUAGAUGCUCAGUUAGGUCUCCUCCUCGGAGACUCCUCUGAAGAAACUCUCAGGAAAAAGGGUUUCUCUUUCGGUUUCGACUCGGGAAAGUCUCUGAUCUCUCGACAAGAACACUUCUCCGGGAACAGUUUUUACUCAACUAAAGCUAAGUUCGUUGAAUCAGGAGAUGCACACGAGAUCGUGAUCAGAUGUAGCGCGGAGAAAACAGAGGGUUUGAAACAGAGCAGUACACAUAAUCAUCAUUCCCCUGUUCUCUCUGUUUGUAUCGAUAAGAAGACGGUUACGAAAGUGAAGAGGCUUCAGUGGAAUUUCAGGGGGAAUCAGACGAUUUUCGUUGAUGGGUUGCUUGUGGAUCUGAUGUGGGAUGUUCAUGAUUGGUUCUUUAGUAAUCCUGAAGGUUGUGGGAAAGCUGUGUUCAUGUUUAGGACAAGGAAUGGUUUAGACAGUAGUAGCAGGCUUUGGUUGGAAGAGAAGAUGGUUCAGAAAGAUGAAGUUGAUUUCUCUCUCCUCAUUUACGCCUGUAAGACUUGAAGAAAAACUAAUUUCUUCUUUUUUUUCUUUGUUUUGAGAUUUGUAAGGAAAUGUUUAUUGGUUAUGUUUUUUUUCAAUAUUUGAGAGAUUUUAUGGGGGUUUUUUUUUUUUACAUUUUCUUCUUGAAAGGAGUAUAGAUUUUUCUUACAUUAUUCUUUUCUUGGAGUUGUGAUUUAAUAUUUGAGAGAUUCCACAAUCUGAAUCUCUUCUUAUAGGAACAUUGAUGAUAUGCUA